AUGAAACUGGCAGAAGACAAUAAUACACAUCCACCAAUAUGCAUGAUGAAUGCUGUAAUAGUGAUGAUGCUGUUGGGUAUAGGUGGUAGAAAUCCUGAUGAAAAGCCAACGGAAACCUCCUUCCUAGAGAAGGAGGUUUCGGCUGGUGGAAAAAGGCAAACUGCAGCAAAACCCGCCUUUGAUAGUAAGCUCCUAGCAAGAAGAAGCUUGCUGCUGACAAGAAGCUCCAUGGCUCGUGCUGCUGCUAAGUACAAUAAAGUUGCUACCAAACCUGGCUCGAAGGUACAAAACGGUACCACGAAGGCUAAGGCUGUAGCUUUGUUGAAGGCUAAAAAGACUCAGACCGAUAUUAUCAAGAGCGCUUUCAUUACCUGUGUACGUAAGACAUUAAAAUUGGCCCGCAACCCCAAUUACCCAAGGAAAUAUAUACCAACCAUAAAUUGCAUCAAAUACAUCGAUGGUUAA